AUGGAAACACAUACUACUGUGGAUCUCCUAACAGAAGAAGAGACCUCCGAGUUCCACGAGGCCUUUUGUCUCGUCGACAGGGAUGGAGAAGGUCUGUACAUCCUCUUCCUCUUCUGGGUUCUUCCGCGGUUCUUUCGUGUUCUCUUGUCAGCGAAGAGCGCUCCUCUUGAGGCAUCCAUGCGUAGCUAUCUCUUCCUCCACGAGGUCUCAAUGGAAAAGGAGAGCUUCCAUGUUGACUAGAUUCCUUUUGCUAACUACAGUACAUUGUGCGUCCCAAAAUAUGGCAACCUCUAAUUAGAUGACACAACAAAGCCUAGUUUUUCCGUGAUGCUUGCUACCUAACAACUGGGAUUACUAAGCCAGGGAUCUAGAGUAACUGUUCUUGAAGAGUCAAGCCCAAAGUUCCCCACUUUCUCGGAAAACUUCUUCAUUUAAAUAUACCCACCUCUUCCAAGGUCACCAAAAGAGAACGUUCAGAAGUCAAUGGAGUGGAAAUUCAAAGCAGGCAGUUUCUUGAAAAGCUCAAAGCGAUCGUUGUCCUCUGAUUUGAGUUCCCAUCUUUCAUUUUCACAGGCUGUAUCACCCUCGAGGAACUCGCCGCCGUCAUCCGCUCGCUGACUCCAAACGCGACCAGCCAGGGGCUCCGGCAAAUCUCCAGGGAGGUCGACGCCGAUGGGAGUGUAACUAUCGAAUUCAGACAAUUCCUAAACAUCAUAUGGGAAACAAAGGUACAGAACUAGGUUUUCAUCGUGAGAGAGUCUCAGUUUAUCUCGCCAGGCUACUUCUCACCAAUCUUGACUUAUGGUGGUGCGCUAGCUGGAGGUGGAUGCAGAGGAGGAACUGAAGGAAUCUUUCAAGGUUUUCGACAAAGACCAGGAUGGCUUCAUCUCCGCCUUCGAGGUAAAUUCCAGCGGACGGAUCAAAUAUAUAAAUAGAAACACACAUAUAUAUAUAUGUAGAUAUAUAUAUAUAUAUAUAUAUAUAUCUACGUUACACUCUGAAGAUGGCUCCCGGAUGAAAUUGGUCUCGCAGCUGAGGACCGUGAUGGCAAGUCUAGGGGAGAAACUGACCGAUGAGGAGGUGGAACAGAUGAUCAGGGAGGCUGACGUGGACGGAGAUGGGAAGGUCAACUACGAGGAGUUCGUGCGGAUGAUGACCUUCAUAUGA